CGUGCGCGGCACAGCUCGCCUUGUCCGCGCCCCUCGCCCGCCCGCCACCCUCACUCGCCCGCCCCGCCCUCCCCGCGCCCCGCCCCGCCUGCGGCCACACCAAGGUCCCCUCUCCUCUCCGUCACCGUCCCGCGGGGCCCCCAUUGCGUGCAGAUUAACCAUGGGACGCAGGCCGAUCGUUGGUGGCAACUGGAAGUGCAACCCAGCUGAGAUCUCGAAGCUCGACGGUCUGGUUGCCAACAUCAACGCGUGCGAUACGUCGGGCUGCGACGUGUACGUCUGCCCGUCGCCGCUGCACGUCGGGCUCGUCUACAACAAGUUCACCAACGGCGCCUGCGUGGCGCCGCAGAACUGCAACUUCAAGGGCUGCGGUGCGUACACUGGUGAGAUGGCCGUGGACCAGAUGGUCGACAUGGGCAUGAAGUGGUGCCUCAUCGGCCACUCCGAGCGCCGCGGCGAGUUCGGCCUGCCGACGCCCGUCGAGAGCAGCGAGCUGCUCGCCACCAAGUGCAAGUACAUCCUCGAGAAGGGCAUGAAGUGCAUCUACGCCAUCGGCGAGCCGCUGCCCAUCCGUGAGCAGGGCAUCGACGCGGUGCUCGCCUACUGCGUGGAGCAGCUCACGCCGUUCAAAGACAUCCUCGAUCCCGAGACGGUGGUCCUCGCCUACGAGCCCGUCUGGUCGAUCGGCACCGGCGUGACGGCGACGCCGGAGCAGGCGCAGGAGACGCACGCGGCCAUCCGCAAGUGGAUCUCGGAGAACGUGAGCCCGAAGUGCGCCGAGGGCAUCCGCAUCCAGUACGGCGGCUCGGCCAACGCCAAGAACGCCCCCGAGCUCUCCGCCUGCGCCGACGUCGACGGCUUCCUCGUCGGCGGCGCCUCGCUCAAGCCCGAGUUUGCCGAGAUCGUCGCGGCCAUCGCCCAGGCCAAGAAGGCCUGACUCGUCGCGGACGGGAGGCGCUCCCGACUGUGAGUGGCGCAGCCACUGCGCCCACGUAGUGCCAUGGACACGGCGUGAGGCGGAAGGGCAGCGGCGCGGCGUCCACCCGUGCCGUGCGUGUGGUGUUGGAAAGGGAUGAUCUCGGAACACGGCGCGAUCGCUCUCUCGUCGGUGUGUGGAUAGCGCGUGCGCACCCGCAGCGAUGGCAACAUGGGCGGAAGGUGGGUCUUGUCCGACGCGUCAACGAUUAGGACGUGGAUGUGUGGGGAGGUGACCGGUCCCGCUAUGGAUAUGUAAGAGCCACUAAUGCAAUUGUUGGCCACCUUAUGCACAUCCAUGGCCACGGUUCGUAGGACGUCGCUGAGACGUCGUGUAUUUUGGUGCCGUGUCAAGCCGGGUGGCGGCUCAGUGAGUGA